AUGGGUUGCUUACAGAGGCUUGUAUUUAUCGUAUCUACUGUAAUAUGCGCCCAUCUCAGGUACGACAACUACAGAUUGUACAAGUUCAAGUCACAAAACUACUUUCUUGAGGCUGUCAAGAGAGAGUUCGAGGAAGAUGGGCAUAGGCUUAAUGUAGGUUUGGUUUGUUUUGCUUUUUGUUAGUGUUUUACUGUGUUAUGUUUAGCUUGUAAGUUGUGUAUAGUUUUGUAUUUUACAUUUUAAGCAACUAAAAGUUGUUAAAAGUUUUGAUAAAAACUUGUUCAAGAUUUUUAUUUAAAUCGAUUUUAAUAAUUUCUAUUGUUUCAGUCAGAUGGAGAAAGAAUGCCACUGAUAGAUAUUUUAAAAGAAAGCGAUGACUACUGCCUAGCUAUCGUAUCUCCAGAAAUAUCUGGAGAAUUCGAAGACCUGGCGAAACGAUUCGAUGUAGCGGAUAUUAAAGUAGUCGACACUGAUAUUCAAAGGUAUACUUGAAACCUUUUUUUCUUAUAAAAAUAAUCAUUUUAAGACAAAUAUAAAGUAAUGCUGAUUUUAGGUAAUAACUCUAUUUUUUAUGUUUAGAAACUUAUUGUUGCGUAUUUUAGAAAAAUAACGAUGGAACGCAACGAAAUAAUCAGAAAUCGGCGGAGUCAGCGAAGGCGGCGGAGGAAUAUAAAGGAAAACGAUUACUUCAUCAACUUCAACGACUUCCACAAAUAUGCAAAGGUAAGUCAUCUUUUGCCUUCAAAUUAUGCUUUUGGAUCUGGUUUUUAAAAACGAUUUUUUUGGUAACAAAUGAUAUUUUCAUGCUUUCAUUUUUCAGAUUGUCAGUUUUCUGCAAGGUUUGAGUGUAAGGUUCCCUGAAAAGGUGGAACUGCUCAAUAUCUCCAAAACCUUUGAAGGGAGAGAUUUGGUCGGAGUGAAGGUAAGACCUUAUUACAACCAAAACUUUUUACUUUUUAUUUUUUACAAUUUCAUUUUUUUGUUAUUAUAUUAACAUGAAGUAACAAUUUCAAAUAUAGUUAAUUCUAUUCGUCUAUUUUUAGUUAUCCACCCCCUCAUCUUCAACAAAACCCAAGCCCAGUAUCUUUAUUGAUGCUGGAAUUCAUGCUCGGGAAUGGAUAGCACCAGCAGUUGCUCUACAUCUUAUCAACACUCUGGUUAGUGAUAAUGAGAAAACAAAAUGGUUGACAGAAGAAUUCGAUUGGUAUAUUGUGCCUGUGGCGAAUCCAGAUGGCUACGAGUACAGUAUUCAAAAGGUAAUACUACAGCUAAAUUGAUACUAGUUAUAGUUAUUUUUAAAUUUAAAAAAUGUCAAGUAAUUUAAUUUUUUUUACUUUUAAAAAUUUUAUGAAUUGGUAUUUUAGGAUCGAUUAUGGCGUAAAACAAGGUCACGGAACUCAGAAGUCAACAAGUGGUGCAUAGGUGCUGAUGCGAACAGGAAUUGGGGCUAUCGGUGGGGAGGUAUGCUACUUUACAUCAAUAAAACUUGAUAUCCUUGUUGCUUAUUUACAUUUUUUUUUAAAUUACGUUUAAAAUGUGACAUAUAUACAUGUAAAUAAUAUUUUAUCAUAUUCCAUAUACCUAUAUGCUACUAUACUCAGGUCUAUAUAAAUCUUAAGUUUCAUAUAUACGUAUGAUCAUCUUCAGAAGCCGGAGCCAACCGUUCGCCCUGCUCCAACAUCUACGCGGGUUCGAAGCCGUUCAGCGAGCCAGAAGUGGUUGGAAUGAAGGAAUUCAUUGAUAAGAAUGUAAACAAUCUCAAAGUCUACGCAUCUCUGCAUUCGUAUGGCCAAGUGUUCUUGUCUCCGUGGGGCUACACGAGUCAGAAGCCGGAGAACUACAAGGAUCAAGCAGCUGCCGCCAUGUAUGCCAUCGAAGAGAUCAAGAAGACCACUGGUACCAACUACACUUUCGGGUCAAUAGCUGAAGUCAUGUGUAAGUUUUUAGAUGAUACAUUUUUCCUGUGUUAUGCUAAAAAAUACUUUCAAACUAUUUGUUACCUAAAAAAACGGAAACUUUAGGUUACAUACAGUAACAAUCGUGUUAUUACAGAUCCAGCCUCAGGCACUUCAAUCGACUACAUGCAAGACAAGGGGGUGCCAUUCAUUUAUGGAAUCGAGUUGCGGCCGGAAGAUAUCGACCAGUCGAAUGGAUUCUCCGUCGAUCCAAAGAUAAUUGAACCGACCGGUCAAGAAAUGGUGGCAGCUUUCACCAAAAUAGCUCAAUAUGUCAAAGGGAAACUACCACGACCAGUCAGGUUACGGUAUCGACGACAGUAA